AAGCACAAUAUCCGCCUGUACUAACCGAGCAUGAGUCGAUACUGGUGAACUCAUUCGACAAUGCGUCAAUUGAGACAUGGAGCUAUUACUACACGCAUGGCGAGCAUCUGGCUGGGAAGAAUCAGACUAUGGCGCAGUGGACUGCGGAUCGAUGGACCGAGAACGGCAUCCAAGCUCAUCUGGCUGAAUAUGUGGUUUAUCUGAACUAUCCCGUCUCAAAGGCCCUGACUCUGACUCUCCCUAAUGGUACUGUGUUUACGCCGGACUUGGAAGAGGCUGUCUUGGCGCAGGACGAGACUACGUCGUAUCCAAAUCGUAUUCCUACGUUCCAUGGUUACUCUGCAAGUGGUAAUGCGUCUGCCGAAUACGUCUAUGUUGGACGGGGUCAGCAGGUUGAUUUUGAACGCCUCCUAGCCCUCGGCAUUUCACUGGAAGGAAAGAUUGCUUUAGCGAAAUACGGAGGCCCGUUCAGAGGCCUGAAAGUUAAAAACUCCCAAGAGUAUGGCAUGAUUGGGACGAUCAUCUUCUCUGACCCAGGCGAUGACGGCAAUAUUACCGAAGCAAAUGGUUAUGCUCCUUAUCCUGACGGACCUGCGAGGAACCCGACUCAAGUGCAGAAAGGCAGCGUCGAGUUUCUUUCCAUAUACCCAGGUGACCCGACAACUCCAGGAUAUCCAUCAAAACACGACUCCCCACGCGCCGAUGCCUCUGACGUGCUCCCGCACAUCCCAUCGCUCCCCAUUUCUUAUGGAAACGCAAUCCCAUUCCUCGCCGCCCUCGACGGCCACGGUGUCUCUGGCGAAGAAGUGAAUCGUACAAAGUGGAUCGGCGCUCUGAACGUCACAUACAGUACUGGCCCUGCGCCCGGUGCUGUCAUUGACAUGCACAACCUAAUGGAGGACGCCAUCACGCCUAUAUGGGAUGUCAUUGACUUCAUCAACGGCACAGAUCCUGAGGAGACGAUUCUGAUUGGCAACCACCGCGACGCGUGGCUCGUGGGUGGUGCCGCGGAUCCCAACUCUGGGUCUGCGGUGCUGGUCGAGAUGUCCAAGGCUUUCGGAAAGCUUCUGCAAACAGGCUGGAAACCGAGACGAAACAUCGUGUUCGCGUCAUGGGACGCCGAGGAAUACGGCAUUGUUGGUUCAACCGAAUGGGUCGAAGAGUUUGUCAACCCCUGGCUCACCAACACGGCGGUUACAUAUCUCAACAUCGACAUCGCGUGCUCCGGCCCACGCUUUGACGUCUCCGCCUCACCCGAACUGCACACUCUCGUACAAGACACCAUGAAGAAAGUCCUCUGGCCGCUCCCGGGCGGCGCACCAUCAAACCAAACCCUCUACGACAUCUGGACCGCCGAAAGCGGCGAGAUUGGCGUCCUCGGCAGCGGCUCCGACUACACGUCCUUUGUGCACCGCGGCAUCGGCGCUGUAGACAUGGGCGCUGGAGGCGGCGGCAACGACCCCGUCUACCCAUAUCACUCCAACUACGACACAUACCACUGGAUGACCACCUACGGCGACCCAGGCUACCACGUCCACGCCGCCGUCGGCCAAUACGCCUCGCUCCUCCUCUACCACCUCUCCACCGACGCCCUAAUCCCCUUCGACAUCACCGCCUGGGGCACCGAACUCGACACCUACCUCUCCGCCCUCACCAGUACACUCGAAUCCACCGGCGCAGCAAACUCCCUCGACACCCUCCCUCUCUCCUCCGCAAUCACAUACUUCCAAUCCCAUAUCACAGACAUCACGUCUGCAUACACAAACGCCCUCGUAUCCGACGACGCAGCUCUCAUCUCCAUCGUGAAUGCCAAACUCAGAGACUUCCAGCGCGGAUUCAUAAGCCAGGGCGGCUUGCCGGGCAGGGAGUUUUAUCAGCAUGCGAUCUAUGCGCCGGGGCUGGAUACUGGGUAUGCGCCGGUCACGUUUCCUGGCAUUACCGAGGCGGUGGACAAGCGCGAUUUCGGGCUUGCGGCGGAGUGGGUCGAGAAGACGGCGCGGGCGAUUCGGGUGGCGGCGGAUAUCUUGAAGACGUGAGGGAAGAAAGGGUUGAUCUGCGGGGGGCUGGUGUUGAGGUGUUGCAGUGAACGGGGGGUGAUGUGGUGGAUGGAGUUGAGAGGUGCGUAGGGGCUCGAUUUUACGCACGAGGCUGACUGAACAUGGCAGUUGACGAUGUUACAAAAGAAUGCACUUUGUCUGAAGAAAAACUGUACACACAUAUCCACAAGCAGCACGAAGCCAGUACACUAAUAAAUA